CCAGCGGAGGAAAAACACUGUAAAAGCCCAGGAACAUGAACCGGCUGUCCUUUCCUCCAACCGGCGGGAAAGCGGAGAAACACGCGCAGCCGUCCGCGACUCACCGUCUCACGCCUCGCCCAUGCCACCCGCUUAACGCUUCGUGUCGUGGCCCGGCCGCAUCGACUCGAGCGAACCGCCGCGAGUGAACCCUUAUCCACCCAGCCGCGAGGCCGCGGAGCGGAGGAUGGCGCCGCCGCCGGCAGCCGCGGGGGAGGAGGACCUCCUGGAGGUGCGGUGCGCGGGGUGCGGGGAGACGCUGGAGGUGGAGCGCGGGCUCACGGAGUUCAUCUGCCCGGACUGCUCAACGCCGCAGGCGCUCCCGCCGGAGCUCAUGCCGCCGCCGCCGAGGCGCCGCCGCGCGCUGCCCAUCCCUCCCGCGCUGGCGCCGGUGCCUCCCCCUUCGCCCGCGGCGAGGCUGCCGUGCGGGUCCUGCGGGUCGAUGCUCGCCGUGCCGCCGGGGCUCGCGCGCUGCGGCUGCCCGGUCUGCGGCGCCGAGCUCGCCGUCGACCCCGCGCGCCUCCGCCAGUACCUCCUCUCCACCGCCGCCGCGCCACUCGUGCCGGUCUCGCUGCCGCCGGUCUUCCGGGCCCUGGAGGGAGGGCAACACUAUUCUGAUUCUGCAGUUCGUGUGGGACAUAUUCAAGGGCAUACAAGUAAUCAACUGGGCCAUUUAGAGCGAUCACAGGCUAGACGUCAAAAUACGCAGGCACUUGUGGAGUUUCCUGAUGCUGGUACUGAUAGUGAUGAUAUAGAUACUGAAAUGUCGAAUGAGAUUAAUGAAAUGCCCUGCCAUAGGAAUGGAUUCCCGGUUGCUUCUAGAACUGUUGGUGCAAAGGUGAGACAACUUGAAACUCUGAACUAUGUCACAUGCCAGGCACAUGCACAGCAAUCCGAUCAUUCAGUUCAUGCAGAACAUCCAUCAGACCAUACAAUUCAUGUUGGUGAGACACAAAAUGAGUCUGCUAAUCAUGGAAUUCACAGAGGUCUGGGGCAUGUUGAGCUGAUUAAGGAGAAACCUGUGGGAAGGCACACCAACCAGGUAACUGGUACCGCUAUUGGCCCCAAAGUCGUAAGUGUGGAGAAGAGGCAGGUUCAAACUUUGAAACAGAUCACACGGGACAGACUGCAAAAGACCAGUCCUCCAAAACUGCCUAGUCCCAUUGAACAAGACCCAGAACACUCCAGUGAUAACAUUCAGGCAGAGCAGGAUGAAGCUGAGGUGGGCCACCAGGUGACUGCAAGAUUGGCUCGUAAGAGCACAAAGAGGAAUUUGACAUCUUCAAAUAAAGGGUUAAGGCAUAGGCGUAGUAAGCGUUUGGCCAAACAAUCAGCUGCCACUACAUACUACGAAUCUACUGAAAAUGAAUCUGAGGAAAAUGAGGCUGUUUCUCCAAGUCGAACUAUAUCUGAUUUUCAAGACAUUGAUGGGGUCAGCAAUGAUAUUUCCUCUAGUUCAUUGCCUCAGCACAAUAAGCCUCAUAGAAGAUCCAAUGAGGCAGACAAUCCGCAUGCAACAACAAAGUCUGCUUCAAUUCCUGACGUGUCUGAUCCUGAAAGUUUUGCACGUUAUUACAGUAAAACAUACCCUCCAGAGGUUAGAAGAGCUCUUGAAAGGAAUUCUAUUUUAGGUCAAGCAGGUGGCAAGGAAAAGAGAAAACGCGGCGAUCGUGGUCCUAAUCUCUGCCUUAAAGUCUGGACCAUGCCUGAGGGUGUAAGGAUUCGAGUGUCCUUCAAUGAUCUAGGUCAACCUAUCGGAGACGAAGCACGCACCUUGAGUAGCUUUCUAGGACAAAUAGCACGUGAUGGAACAGUGGCACCUCUGACAUACACAGAUUGGAGGUUCUUUCCGGAGAAAAACAAGCAAGCAAUGAUGCAUUUAGUUAAUCACAAGUUUGUCCUCCCACCAAUUGGUCAAAUAUGGUCUAUGAGUGCUUUGGGAAAAAAGUGGAAGGACUGGAAAGUUGUCUUAAAACAUGAACGAUACGAUGCCCAUGAGACGGAUGCGGAACGUCUUGCCGAUCGGGAUUUCCGUGUCCCGGAAGAACAAUGGAAACUCCUUGUGGCAUAUUGGGGCACUGAGAAGGCCAAGGCUCUAAGUGCUCGAUGUAAAGCUUCUCAGGAACAACAUCCUUGUCGUAAUCAUCCUAGACUUGGAUCAAAGAGUUACGCACGGAUACAGGAGGAAGAGAGGCAGAAGCGUGCAAACAUGGCGGAACCAAGCGUCACAGCUACAUCCAUACCCGAAGAUCGGGAAGGCAGACCCGUGUCUAUGGACGAUGUCUCUGCAGAAGUCGUCAGUCCAGACCAGUGACCUUUUGGUUAUGGACGUGUGCUCUCCACCAGUGAGCUUUGUGGAAAGGCAGCUGCUAAGGUGUCUGAGGCAAGCUCAAGAGGCUGAACUAAAGGGCUUUAGCAUCCACCGCACUUUGGAAGAUGCUGGAAAUGGAAGAAAAUAACAGGAAGCCAACGCAAAGAUUACCCAGAACUGACGAACAACUCUGAAUGUACCAAGACGAGUAACCUCUGCUUUGUUUUGUAGCUUCACUCUACCAGGACCCCUGCAUUUUGGUGGCUUUGCUGUUGUGCUUCACCUUAUCACCUAUGGCCCGUUGACUGUGAUUUGUAUCUUGGGACUAGGGAUCGUAUAGAUGUAGCUCCAUGACAAUCUAGGCUCUAUGCAAUGUUCACUAGCUAACUAGUGACGUUCUGUAGUUACUGUGAUUAUCAGUAGUUGAUUAGGUGACAUCUAGCAUUUACUGCAUCUGCAGUUAACCGCUGUUGCAAA